AUGGACUACACGAUGGAGGACACACAGAACUCCGCGCCGGAGAGCCUCGAGACUACUAAGCUGAGUGGCGCGGGACAGCGCAAUGAGACACAAAGCGUGACCAAGCGUUUACAAGCCGAGCUCAUGCAACUGAUGAUGUCGCCUUCGCCCGGAAUCUCUGCAUUUCCCAACGCCGAUGGCAACUUGCUCGCCUGGACGGCCACGAUCACCGGCCCAACUGAGACGCCCUACGAAGGCUUGACGCUGAAGCUCACCUUUGACUUCCCCAACAAUUACCCAUACUCCCCACCAACCGUUCUUUUCAAGACACCGAUCUACCACCCCAACGUGGACUUUUCUGGCCGGAUCUGCCUGGAUAUCCUCAAGGACAAGUGGAGUGCCGUGUACAACGUUCAGACCGUCCUUGUGAGCUUGCAGAGUCUCCUGGGAGAGCCCAACAACGCGAGUCCGCUCAAUGCCCAGGCUGCCGAGCUCUGGGACUCCGAUCAAGCCGAGUUCAAAAAGCACGUGCUGAGCCGACACCGCGAUCUCGACGACGAGGAAUAA